AAUUUACCCAAACUAUAAUAUAUCCCAAUUUCCAUUAUAUUGCCAACCCUUCACAAUUUGUUCUAUGAAAGGCACGCUUCAUGCUUCUCUAUAUAUAUAAGCAUAUUCUUUGAAAAGAAUAAAAGUCAAUAAUAAUAUUAAACUUGUGAAUAAGUCCUCGAGUUCUUGGCUUAUAAAUAAUCCAACACACAAACACAUACAAACACACACAUAAAGCACACUCUUGUUUAUUUUGAAAGAAUUAAUAUUUAAAAUGGGUAAUGGCAGUGGUGUAAUUUGUAUGGUGGCAGUGAUUUUGGCUACGUUCAGCAUAGUUUCUGCGGAUCCAGACUCUCUUCAAGAUAUAUGUGUUGCUGAUCUCACUUCUCCCGUGAAGGUAAAUGGGUACGCCUGCAAGGCAAACGUGACGGCGGAUGACUUCUUCUUCGCCGGUCUAGCUAACGCCGGCGCCACAAACAACACCGUCGGAUCACUUGGCACCGGCGCCAACGUACAGAGAAUCCCCGGACUCAACACCCUCGGCAUUUCCCUCGGCCGCAUCGACUACGCCCCCGGCGGCCUGAACCCGCCGCACAUCCACCCACGCGCCACCGAAAUCGUGUUCGUGCUGGAAGGAGAGCUGGAUGUGGGCUUCAUCACCACCGCAAAUAUCUUGUACUCCAAGACAAUCAAGAAGGGUGAGGUUUUCGUUUUCCCCAAAGGGCUCGUCCACUUCCAGAAGAACAACGGGAAAUCGAUCGCCGCCGUCGUCGCCGCUUUCAACAGCCAGCUCGCCGGGACCCAGUACUUCGCCGCCACCUUGUUUGGGGCUGUGCCGCCGGUGCCGGAUAAUGUUCUGAGCGCGGCGUUUCACCUCAAGGUUAAGGAUGUUGUUAAGAUCAAGUCCAAAUUCGCGCCCAAGAAAUGAAAGAAUUCAAAUUAAAAGUACUUAAUUGUGGUUUGUUGAUUAUUCAAGAAUGAAAAGGUAAAAAUUUGAGUU